UAAAAAAAAAAGUGAAUCGUCAAUCCAUGCGAUUAGACAUUGCAAGAAUCACUAUAUUGUCUGGUAAUGGAUGAAUGGACAGAAGUAGGAUGUGGCGUAAAUAACGAGAAGAAGUUAUGAUGCAGCGCCCCGUUGUUUUCUCAAGUAGUCAAUAUGUCAACCCGGCAGACGCUAACAACACCGUGCCCUCCUCCGUGCAGGCAGACUCCGACAGUGCUUCUUCAUCAAGUCACGCAGUAUGAACACCCAGGUGGAUAGAGUAAUGGACCUAUCGGAGUGGAAGGACCGCUGGCAGGAAGGAAGAAUCGGCUUUCAUCAGCUUCAUGUGCACAAGAUGCUGGAAAGUAACAUUGAAAAAAUUCUAUGUGGAAGAAAGGGUGUUCAGGUUUUCUUCCCUCUCUGUGGGAAAGCUGUGGACAUGAAGUGGUUAGCAGACAUGGGCCACUCGGUAGUUGGGGUAGAAAUUUCUGAGAAGGGCAUCAAGCAGUUCUUUGAGGACCAGAAUUUAAACUACUCUGAAGAAUUGGUUCCAGACAUACCAGGAGCCAAGGUGUUUAAGAGUACUGAUGGCAAAAUAUCCUUAUAUCAAUGUGACCUGUUUAAAUUCUCCAGUGCCAUUACAGGGAAGUUUGGUGGGAUCUGGGACAGAGGGUCCUUGGUGGCCAUCAACCCAUGUGACAGGCAAAGGUAUGCCACCCUAAUAUCUUCUUUAAUGGAUCAGGAUUGCCGAUACCUCUUAGACACAUUGCAGUACGAUCCAGAGUUGUGUAGAGGUCCACCAUUUUUUGUGCCUGAUGAGGAUGUAGAAAAUUUAUUCGGCAAGACCUGUGACAUUCAGUUACUGGAUUCUGCUGAUGCCUUCACAGACAAACACAGGGAGUGGGGCCUGGAUUACCUGAUAGAGAAAGUACAUCUUCUCACUCCAAAGGUCAAGUAAAUUGACAACAUUCUGCAAGGUGUAACUGUAGGAACACAAAGACCCUAAUUAUAUUAGCACUUGUUCCUAUUCAGUUGGUGUCAAAAUAUGAAGCAUUUUCUUCAGAGAAAUUCUGGAACCAAAAACACAUUUUCAAGUCUUUUUUUUAUUUUUAUUCUAUGGUGCUAGUGAAAUGUAACAGAGUAUCAUGCAUACUCAAGAGUGAAAUAGGGGCGAGCAGGACAUUUCUUAAAUUUCACAAUUCAUCACAAUGGAAUCAAUUAUGGCUGGGGGAUAUGGCCUCAAAUUUAUAUCACAAUAUAUUUUCAAUUUUGGAUGGUAACAAUAUGUAUCACGAUAUAUGCUUUUUUUCCCAGCUAACUUCAACAGAAUAUGCUUAAUAGCAAUACAAGGCUCAAGACUAACAGUUCCCUUGAGUUAAGCAGAGUUACAAGUUAUCCUGCUUUGUGAAGCAGGGCCCAGAGCUCGACAUUAAGGAUUUUUUCGUCAGCAUUCUACUUGCCCCGAGUACACUGACAUUUUCACUGGCCCAGCUGCCAAAUUAUAUAUAACCCCUUUUUUCAGGAGAUUAUACAGAUUGUAGGUGCCAAAUUCAUAUUUCAUAUUAUUUGCAUGUUUUCACACAUUUUUUGUGUGGUGUAGCCACAAAUCAUUUGGUAUUUUCUAGUGGUUCACCAUUUACAUCAAAAGGUGUAUUAUUUACAGUGAACUAAAUGGUGAGAAAUUGGUUAAUGUUUUUAAGAAAGCAUGCACAGUUUAAUAAGAAAAAUAACAAGCUGCACAGUUUUUAAUUCAUAAUUUAAGUAUUAUACGUUUUAAGGCAAUGUCAGUAGAAUGUGGAUAUUUUGGUUAGAUUAACUACAUUUAUUGGACAACUUUUUUUUGGAUCUUAAACCCUUUUGAUUACAGGCAUAAUCCUUGUCAAAAUUACUGAACAUAAUUAAACAAAACAAAGUUACAGAAGCUCAAACACAGUGAAAAUGGAAGUCUUCACAAGCAAGACCCAAGGUUAAAACCAACAGUAGGCAUUAAGAACUAUUUAUUGUUUAACCAAUCUAACAGGGCGCAUCUGGGCAACAAGAAACACCUGUCAGUUAUGUUCCAGUACUUUUGCUCACCAAAAAAUUGGGUGGUCUGAUACAAAAUGUGAUAUAUUCUAACUUGUUUAACACAUCUAGAUACCAGGAAAUAAAAACUGAAAUUCAGAUCUGUCAUCUGUCAAAAGGAAUACUUGCUGUUCCAAUACAUUCUAUCAACAGUUUUUUUUUUAGAAUGAGAAACUAUUAUGCAUUUGGUCUGCAACAAAGAUAAGGAGCAGGGCCUAUUUUUUAAUCAACAAAUAAACAAACAAACAAACAACAAAGCAGAAGUGACCAAACUUAACUAUCCAAAUACUGCUUACCUAGCCAACUAAAAAUACCGAAACGCUACUUAAAUCACAAAGACAACAAUUAAGAUUCACAGGGAGGUAGGGAGGGAUGGGGAGAGGUGCUGCUUGAAGAGGUGCGUCUUAAGUUUGCGCUUGAAGGUGGGCAGAGAUUCUCCUGACUGCGAAAGCCACCCAGCUCCUAGUCCCAGACGCUCGUCAUCUUCCGUCUGGAUUACGGCAACUCCCUCCUGGCCAGUUUCCCAUCAAGCCCCUCCAGCUGGUCCAGAAUCCUGCAGCCUGCCUGACCACCAGUCAGCCCAGGUCAGCUCAAGUCACCCCACUCCUCAUUGGCCUCCACUGGCUGCCUAUUACCGCACGCAUCUGCUUCAAGGCGUUAGUGUUGGCAUUCCAGGCUGCUAAGGGGACUGCCCCACUUUACAUCCAAUCUUUAAUUGCUCCCUACAUCCCAGCAAGCCCACUCUCAGUGGUGGAAUGACUUGCCUACCACUAUCAGGACAACAGAAUUUCGACACAGACUAGAAACACACCUCUUCAGACUAUACCUUAGUCCUCCCUCCUGAUCCCCCCCCAUUCCAAUAUCCCUCUUGUCUAACCCUAACCCUUAAUACAAAAAUUGCACUUACAAUGACUAUUGUCUUUUUGUUUAGAACAGCUUUUCAUGUGUGUUUAGCUAGUUAUGGAUUGAUGCUUUUAACUUGUGGAAGAACAUAUGCACUUGAAAGUCGGUUUGGAUUAAAAGCGUCUGCCAAAUAACAAAAAUGUAAAUGUCCUAAAAUCUAUGUGGGCUGGUCAUGAGUGUCCAAGCGGUUGAAAAAUUAUAGGCAAACUACAAAAAAUGUAUUUCAAUUUAUUUAUUAUUUGAACUAUUAUGUCUCCCUGGUACACCUAAUAGCCAACACUAGAUGGGCUACAUUAGGCAUUUUACUAUUUGCAAUAUGAAAAUUAAACCUACCUGCCACCUAGAAGCCAUCUAUUGUCACCUGUGACAAAGCAGUGACACAAAUCUCACAGUUUCUGCAAAUGUAGUUGUGUGUGCUAAUAGUAGAUAAUAGCCGAGUCUACUCUAACAUACAACUUGUGGGUCGAUGUUUACAUAGAAGAAACCUACCCAUUUCUACACAAAAGAGUGUUUGUUAGGACUUUGGGGAGACCAAGUCCUACAUAGAAGUUUCACUUGACACCUUUGUUGGGGAUCGGGAAUCUGAAUGAAAUCAGUAUUUACAAUACAUCGGCACUUUAUUUUUACAUUACAUUACAUUACAUGGCAUUUAGCAGAUGCUCUUAUCCAGAGCGAUGUACAACAAAGUGCAACUCAAACACAAGAACAAGUGCAGAGAGGACCUGAGAGGACACUACAGUUCCGAGUCGUAGUGUAAACAUACAGAAAAUCAGAACCCUUGAAGAGUACAAUCAACUUUCAAACUAGCAUACCACAGUUGGCAGCUAGAAUACAACAAUACAACAGCCAAUAAAAACAACAAUACCUAUACAAGUAACAAUAUAUAUACAUAAGUGCCAUUACAGUCUAAGGCUAAUCAUGGUGGUGAGUUGGGGAGGGAUAGGUGUAGCCUGAAGAGAUGGGUCUUCAGACUGCGCUUGAAGGAGGUCAGAGACUCUGCCGUUCUGACAUCCACCAGGAGGUCAUUCCACCACCAUGGGACCAGGACAGACAGCAGUCGUGAGCGUGAAGUGCAGGUGUGGCGAGGGGGAGGCGCCAGACGGCACGAAGUGGCAGAACGGAGGGGUCUUGUUGGUGUAUAGGUCUUGAUAAGGGAUUGAAUAUAUACAGGGCUGAUCCUUUAACUGCCUGGUAUGCGAGCACCAAAGUUUUAAAUUUGAUGCGAGCCAUAAUGGGCAGCCAGUGGAGGUUGCUGAGCAGGGGGGUGACGUGAAUGCCUGGGAACAUUGAAUACCAGACGGGCUGCAGCAUUCUAGAUCAGUUGUAGGGGUCUGAUGACAGAUGCUGGAAGGCCAGCCAGCAGAGAAUUGCAAUAGUCCAGGCGGGACAGGACCAUUGCUUGUACAAGGAGCUGAGUGGAGUAGGUGGUGAGAAAGGGUCGGAUUCUCCGGAUGUUGUACAGGAAGAACCUGCACGCCCGGGUCACCGUAGCGAUGUUCUCGGAGAAGGAUAGCCUGUUGUCCAUCACCACUCCAAGGUUUCUUGCACUAGGGGAUGAGGUCACUGUGGUAUCCCCUAGUGAGAUGGAGCAAUCAGAGAAGGGAGAGGUUAAAGCAGGGAUGAAGAUUACCUCUGUCUUACCUGGGUUGAGCUUUAGGUGGUGGUUGCCCAUCCAGCUCUGGAUGUCUCUCAGGCAGGCGGAGAUACGGGUAGAGACCUGUGUGUCUGAUGGGGGGAAGGAGAGAAAGAGUUGGGUGUCAUCGACAUAAUGAUAGGAGAUGCCAUGAGCAGAGAUAACGGGGCCAAGGGAUCUUGUGUAGAUGGAGAAGAGGAGGGGUCCGAGGACUGAGCCCUGGGAGACUCCUGUAACAAGGGGGCGAGGGGUUGACCCUCCUCCAGCCCAGGACACCUGGGAGGACCGGCCAGAGAGAUAAGAUUUGAUCCACUCUAAGGCUGUGCCACAGAUCCCUGUAGAUGCCAGGGAGGCUAAGAGGAUGGAGUGGUUGACCGUGUUGACCGCCGCAGAGAGGUCUAGAAGGAUCAGGACAGAGGAGAGAGGUUGCUCGUGCAGCCUGAAGGGACUCAUUGACAGAGAGGAGUGCAGUCUCCGUGGAGUGGCCAGGUCUGAAGCCGGACUGGUGGGGGUCCAGCAGGUUAUUCUGUGAGAGGAAGGAAAGAGAGUUGGUUGGAGGCGGCUCGUUCAAUGGAUUUGGAUAGAAAAGGUACUGGACGGUAGUUUUGAAUGCAGGAGGGGUCUAGAGUGGGUUUCUUUAGGAGCGGGGUGACGUAGGCCCUCUUGAAUGAUGAGGGAAAGCAGCCAGAGGACAGAGAGGAGUUAUCAAGGGAGGUACCAAACGGGAGGAUGUCAGGCGUGAUUGCCUGAAAGAGGUUUGAGGGGAUGGGGUCCAGGGCAUAAGUAGUAGGGCGGUGGGAGAGCAGGAGGUGAGACACAUCAGCAUCUGUAAGGGGACAGAAAGAGGAGAAACGGGGCAGACACAGAAAGGGACACAGGCAUAGAAGUGGUGGUGGUCGCGAAGGUGCUGCGGAUAUCUGCAACCUUCUCUUCAAAAAAUACUGCAAAGUCAUCAGCAGUGAGCAAGGACUGAGAUGGUGGGGGAGGUGUGCUCAGGAGAGAGGAGAAAAUGGAGAACAGUUGACGAGGGUUAGAAGUGGAAUUCUGGAUUUUUGUUUGGAAGUAAUUUCUUUUGUCAGUGGUGAUAGCGGAGGAGAAUUCCGCCAGGAGAGACUGGUAGGAACACAGGUCCGAUGGGUCUUUUGAUUUCCUCCACUUCCUCUCAGCUGCACGUAGGCUGGGCCUGGAGGAAGGUAGAAGGUCAGAAACCCAUGGGCUGGGAGGGGAGGAUCGAGCAGGCCGGGAGACAAGAGGACAGAGAGAGUCAAGGGAGAGAGGAAAGCAGCACGGAAGAUGCGGAAUCAGUGGGUAGUUUGGAGAAGGAUUCAAGAGGAGGGAAGGAAGCGGUGACUCUGGGGGCAAGGGAGGAGGGUGAUAGAGAGCGGAGGUUACAUCGGACAGAAACAGUGGGGGUGAGAGAAGGGGAGGGAGGCAGAGGGGCUAGGGGGAUGGAGAAGUGAAAUUAAGUGAUCAGACUUGUGUAAAGGGGUAACAGUGGGGUUAGAAGAGGAGCAAUUCCUCAGAAAGAUCAGGUCGAGAAGGUUUCCAGCCUUGUGAGUUGGGGGAGAGUGCUGCAGAGAGAGGUCAAAGGAGUGAAGUAGUGGUAAGAAGGCAGCAGACUGGGAGGCUUCCAGGUGGAUGUUGAAAUCUCCCAGGAGGAUAAAUGGGGUGCCAUCCUCAGGGAAAGUAGAGUGUCAAGCUCAUCAAGGAAACUUCCCAGGGCACCUGGAGGACGAUAAACAACAACCAUAUAAAGUUUAACAGGGUGAGUAAUUCAGACAGUGUGGCAUUCAAAGGUGGAUAGGGAUAGGUCAGUGAGGGAAAACGCAGAGAAUUUCCACGAAGGGGAGAUCAGCAAGCCAGUGCCACCUCCACGGCCAGAGGGUCGGGGGGUGUGUGAGAAGGAGAAGGAGGAUGAGAGGGCAGCGGGGGUGGCGGUAUUCUCUGGUGUAAUCCAGGUCUCAGUGAGGGCAAGGAACUGUAGGGACAGGAGGGAGGCAUAACCAGUAAUGAAGUCAGCCUUCCGUGUGGCAGAUUGGCAGUUCCAUAGCCCCCCUGCAACUGUGAAGAUGUCACAGGGGGUCAGUGAGGGGUAGCAAGGUUGGUGGGGUUCCGUCGCCGUGGAGGGCCACGUUGCUGGAAGUGCGUUCUGAAGGGGAGAGGGCAGACUGUAAUGGGGUGCUGACACACCAUACCAUUCCAAAAUGGGAGGGAGCGUCGCUCUGAGCACGCCUAUAUAAACUGCUAAUUACUAAUGCAAACUAGCGAUCUAAUAAUUAUCCUAACAAUUGCAGCGUCCAAAGUAUCUAACUGAUUCUGAUCACCUAAUCAGAAUAUCUAGAUGGAAGGUUUGCUUAUUCUAUUGCUUCGUCUGACAAGCCCAAGAAAGCUGAUGGUCACAUGGAGCUGUCAGUGCUUUUUCUGAACUAAAUACCAUAGAGUAGAGGCACUUUCUUUUUUACUUUCCAGAAGUAAAUUGUUAAAAAAUAAUUAAAAUAGCUGUAGCCUACUUAAAAAAUGUUUAUGUACCCUACUUUUUGUUAGCAUACACAUGCUCCUAACUGAUCAAAGAUUUCUGCCAAGAAGGUUGCAUAAACAUAAUUUGGAAAUCUAUAUCGUUCAAUUAUUUCAUUAACUCCAUAAGUAUUGAAAGGGUGGGCAUGAUCACGGAAGAUACUUUGUGGAACCUGCCUCUGUUUCAGCAGAAGUUCAGAAGAAACGCCAUAUUUGCGAGGAAAAAAUAGGCUCUGCAAGAAGUCUGUAGUCAUUGCAGUUUUAUUUGCGAUUCACAAGGAAUGAAUUUUCAUGACACAUGUUUUAAUGAGAUAUUGCGGUCUGCGAGAUCGCUUUCGUGAAAGGAGCCCCUUGUUUCAAAAAGAAUGUUGUCCAUAAUUAGAGAUGAGUUCAAUCUUUCUGAGUGGUUUCAACAAUCACAGAUGUCAAAUGUUGCUAAUCUGUCUACUUCCUUUCCUGAGCAUUUGGAAUUUCAUGGCCAGAUGCUUGCACUUUAACAGGAUAAAACAAUUAUCAGAAAUUACAUAGUGAGCUAAUAUCUAAUUAGUUUGUUCUCUUAAACCUAAAUUUGUUAACCUAAUGCUAUACCUUUAUCAUUUUAAUGUUCAGUAAAUCACUUUUUAUCUUCCAAUUUUCCCUCAAGAAAGAUAAUAACUAGUAAGAUAAAUGUGGCAACCGUUGUAUAAAAGCAUUAUGGAACUCAAACCCGUGGUAUAUAUUGUGGAUAUUGGCAUAGCUAGGGAGUGUAACGGCCGCUUCGCGUCAUGCCUAACCACCGCGUUAGCUGUGCCAAUAUCCAUGACAUACCACGGUCCUUGUUCCAUAACGCUUAAUUAUCUACCCUGAUGCUGCGUAACCAUCAAAAUCCAUUCUGUACUGAUAUAGACAAUAUAGCCAGAUAAAUCCAUAUUAUGGCCCAUAUUUCUAUUGUUAGGUUGUUUUUAUCUUUAUAUCGCCCAACACUAGAAUAAAUGUCAUUCCAAAUGAAAGAAUGAAGGCACAUGGUGUUGUUGAAAUUAUACCUUUAUGUAAUUAUUUUAUUAUUAAUUGCUUAUCCUAUUAUUAAUUGCUUAUCCUGGAGUGAUCCAGAUCAAACAUAAUUAUUAAAGUAUCAUAACUUGCUUUGUGCUAAUGAAUAUUAUUUUCUGUAACUGUGUGAGUUGAGAUGUCUCUCCCUUUCUGUACUGUGGGCCUCCAAGGCUACGGCCUUGUGUUCUAUAUUAUCUUGUCUUGGGAGCCUGUGAGCCUGCAGAACCAAAAACAUAAGACCUCACCACGGAGGUUACCAUGGGGAUUAUCUUCCCCCCUGGACAUAGGGAUUUAAAACAAGAUAAUAUAGACUUCUCAGACGAGUGCAGGCCCCUGCGUAUACAUCGUGGGAACGUUUUGAGAACAUAUAUCUGCAUAAACAGUACCUUGAAGGGGGGAGUAUGAAUAAACAAUCUGUAGUAAGGAGAAGAGUGGUGGAUUGUCUUUGAAUAUUGAUCAUUGGGAAUAUUAAUAUUCAAAGGGGGCGUACAUUUGUUGCGCUCUGCGCAUACAUAUAUCCAGACAAAGGAGAAAAACCUUUGUCCUUGUUUUUGCAUGCAACUUGGACCCUAUGCACAUAGUAAAGAUUGGAUUUUAUUUACUG